AGUCUUGCUGCAUAAAACAAGAGAAGGAAUUUCUGUAGAAUUCUGUAAUCGGUUAUGCAACCAGAAUUCUGUACAAAUCUGAUUCAUACUCAGGAAUAUUGGCAUUGUUGUUUUUAUUUAUAUUCUGUAUAUUUAUACAUAUUUUAAUAAAAGCAACUCUCCCCAAGAUUUUUUUUUCCAAGGAAAAGCCAAAAAACUCCCAAGAUCUGCAAAAUUUCGCACAAGGCAUGUAAAUCCUUUUGGUAGGGAUCUUGUUGCUAAAGCCUCAAGCCACUUGCGAAGCUUUACAGAUGACUGGCAGAAAGCUUGCUUUUUCUUGGUGCAAAAUCAAAUUUUCUUGAUGCUUAUUUUGAUGUGUGAUUCUUUCUUUAAAAAGCAUGCUUUUAUUUUAAAACCUACCCGCAUGAGCGAUGCAUUAGUACAAAAAGGCUCUACCCAAGUACAUCUAAGCAAAACACAACCGGACAAACGGUUCCUCCAUCAACUGCUUCUCUUAGCAAACUACAUAAAACACAGUAGAGAAACCUACAAAGGUCCUAGAACUUCGCUGUCAAGAGAAGAGACAAGCUACUAAGGGCGAAGUAAAAGAACAUCAGGUUCAGGAAAGUAAAGACUUCAUGGCACCAGUUUAAUCCCCAACUUACCAUAUUAAAAUCAAGAACAGCAGAGUGGUCCUUGAAGAUGGAGACGAUACGGUGACAAAAACGUCCCGGGACGCUCUCUGUCACAAACAAUUUUAAUAUUAUACCGUAUACGUAUAGGAUACGGUACGUAAGAUACCUGCUCCUGCCGCUGGGCUGCCCGAGGUUGAGGAGAAGACUCACCGGCUCACAUGACUCCCUGCAGAAACUGUAUAAAAUAAUCAAGUCAAGUGAAAAAUAAAUGAGGGAGAGACGGAUGGUGCUAUUCUCGCUACUGUCAAAAGCCCGCUUGCUCUGCCCUGAGGCAAAAGGAGGCCAUCCUCUGUCACCACGUUUAGCCCUCGGCUGCCCCACCACCAUUAACACCACCACCAAGCUCUUUUACAACUAUCCUGUACUUGCCUUCUCCCCUCUGGCUCUCCCAACUAUGGAAGUUUUCAGUAUGCUGAGGUACUGGCGGGGAGGAGGAGGAGGAGGUGGUGGUGGUGGUGGUGGAGGUAGUGCUGGUACUCCUGCCACCACCAUCUCCGCCACCGCCUUGCAGCCGAGCUAUGACGAUGGGCCAUUUUUCGACCUGGAGUUCUCCGUCCCGGACGAGGAAGAGGGGAGGAGCAGCAAUAGCAGCAGCACCACGAGCAGCGGAGGGGAUGGGGAAGGUGCAGAGGAUGAGGAGGCCAGGGACUCUUUAACGGAGAUCAAGUCGUUUGACGUCACCGUGUCGGAUAACGGGCAGACGGACUCGAACCACUCGCCCGCUGCUGAGGACGACGACGAGGAGCUCUUUAUCAAGGGACGGCUUGUCCCUCUGGAGCCCUCCGGGGCGGCCGUAAUCUUCAACGACGAGUCUCAAGGGAAACAGGCUCAGUUUCCCGUGUCUUUCCUGAAGUCAGCCACUAGGUUCAGGGUUUUCUUCCUGGGCCUGAAGAAACACCCUCAGCUUCCAGCCGCCAACUCCGCCGCCGCCGCCGCUACAGUGACUCCUCCGGCUGAGUCCCCCGCCGGAGAAACGGCUGAGGAUAUCGCGUCGACGAAGGCGAAGCAGCACCAAAGCCGGUUCUUUACUGUGAAGCUCAAGGUGGAGGAGGCACCUUUGGCGUCACUUUUCACGAGGGAUAACUCGCGGAGCGGGAGCAAGGCCAAGGACACGCCGGAGUCGGGUGGAGAUUCCGGCCAAGCACAGCCGGGCGGCCUCACGGAGGAGGCGAAGCGGGCGAAGGUAGUCAUGCAGCGGUAUCUGAAGGCGAUCAAGCCACUGUACGAGCGCGUCUCCAAGAAGCACGGCGAGAAGGUGAGCAUCUCCGGCCACCUGAGUCUUGCUACCCCGGCGAAGCCCGCGUCACCGGAGGCCGCACCUGAAACAACUCCGGCGUCCGCCGCCCCCGCCGCUCCUCCGUCGAGGCAGGGGAGCCUCCCGGCCGGACUCCGUGUCGUCUACAAGCGUCUCGGUAAGAGUCGCUCUGCAUCGGCCUCCGCAGCCCCGACGGUGUUUGUGCAGUCGCAGAGGCGAGAUGACUCGCUUCUGCAGCAGCAAGACGGGAUCCAGAGCGCCAUCGCUCACUGCAAGCGGUCGCUAAAAUCCGUCAACGAGCCUCCGCCAUCCUCGAACUCUCAGAAGGAGAAAGUGGAGGAACGGAACAGAGAAACCGGAGGCGAUUCUACUUAUUGAUGACCCGACGGUGUGUAGAUGUCACCACUCUGUAAAAAAAAAUCACAGAUUAGGAUUAUAAAACAAGAUCCAAAUGUAGCAAGAAUCGUCUGCCCACUCGGCGGAUCUCUUUUUUUCUUCUUGUUCUUGAUUUUGUAGACAAGUUAGGUGUAGAAUACAUCAGAUCCUCCGCUAA